AUGGCUGAGGAACUCGAAUUAAACGAUCCUCGGAUCUAUUUCGUCGCUGAUUAUGUACUUAAAAUUCUCAAGCUGAAAUCAGAUAAAUUCGGCAAGAUGUACGGCGUUGAAGAAAACAAACAAAUGAUCCACGACUUCUUCGAUAAACCGGAUAAUCAAAUUCUUGUGAUUCAAUAUACAACAGCCGGUUCACUUCAGCCCGCAUUAACAUUUCCGACCAUUGUCAAAAACAAAUCCUGCUACUUCAUUAAGAAACGUCGUGAACCAGUGCCGAAAGAUGCAAUCCUUCGAGAUGUGAUCAUGUACGGCGAUUUAUCAACAUCACCUGUCGAACAAUUGUCAGCAAUGAUCGACGAAUUACUUAUUCCUAUUCUACAAAAUCCAUCAAAUAAUGAAGCAUGGCCAAAAGUUCUCUCACAAGAUAUUCUUCGUCAUGCAAUGGGUAUUAAAAACAAAGUACACGUUCUAAAUGGUCAAAUGAAAGGUUUGUUGAAUUCACAACUUGUUGAUUUCGCAUUUCUCCCAAAGUUGCCACCCGUUGCUAACAACGGAAAACACGAGUUGUCUUUUCAUAUAGGUAAAACACUCCUACCAGUUCCAGCUGGUGCUGAACGAGUCGCAGAUGAUAUGAGUAAUGGUCAACAAGAAAACGGUCAAGCAUCCGCAGUCGAUAAUAAUUUAUUACAUGCUAUUGAAUCAGUUGUGAUUGAAUGGUCACAUCAAGUACAAGAUGUUUUGAAGAAAGAUUCAUCGCAAGCAUUAUUGGAUGGCGGAAGUCCAUUGCCCAGUGUCGAAGUCGAAUUUUGGCGAUCGAGAUAUAAUAAUCUUUUGAGCAUUCAUGAACAAUUAAACGAUCCUCGUGUGAAAAAAAUGGCAGAACUACUGCGAAAGACGAAUUCAAGUUACUAUCCAGCUUUCGAAACAUUACUGCACGAUGUUCAAGAUUCAUUAGACGAAGCAAAAGAAAUCGAUCUCUAUCUCAAACCAGUUUCACAACAUUUUGAUGGAAUCGAAACGACAGAUUUCGGUGAAACUGUUCCACUCUAUCCACCAAUGUUUCACGCAAUAUGUCUAAUGUGGGCGAACUGCAAAGCCUAUCGUCGACCAGCACGUAUUAUCGUUCUUUUACAAGAGUUAAACAAUCUCAUUAUGAAACAAGCUUCGGAGUUUAUGGAACCAUUGGAUUUGUUCAAAGGUGAACCUGAUGAAUCGAUGGAAAAAAUCAAUCAAACAGUUCGAGCGCUUGAAGCGUAUGAAAAUGCAUACAAGCAGUACAAAGGAAAUUUGAAGAACUACUUCAAAAACGGCGAAGUGGUUAAAGAAUUCGACUUUUCACCAAAAUUAGUCUUUGCCAAAUGGGAUUUGUUCAUGGGACGUGUGCGAAUCAUCCAAGACUUGUUUCAUACCGCCAGUGAAUUUCUUCGAUUAGAAAAAGUUGAAAUCGGAGGUACCAAAGGCAAAACAUUGACAUCAUUGGUUUUCAAUAUUUUCGAACAAUUCAAAGACGAAUUCGAAACAAUGAGUAACAAAAAAUACGAUCCAUUAGAUCCAUCAUCCGACGAAUUUCUGGUGGACAUCGAACACUUCAAACAAUUCCUUCGUGAUAUGGAAUUGAAACUAGCUUCAAUUAUUAAUCAAGCAUUCGAUGAUUCGAAUUGUUUGAGUAGUCAAUUCAAACUCAUUGGAAUGUUCGCUCCAAUGUUAGAACGGCCAGUUAUUUACGAAGCAUUUGUACGAAAUUACGAUCGAUUGACACUUUCGGUCGAACAAGAAAUCGAUGAAACACAUCAGGUCUAUGAAAGACAAAUGGCCUACAAACAACAACAUGGAACUAUAGAAUUACAUCGAAAUCAACCACCUGUCGCCGGUUCAUUAGCAUGGGUCGAUGAAAUGAAAGAUCGUAUCGAAGAGCCAUGCGAAGCCUUUUUGAAAAUUGAUUAUCCAGCAAAAGAUACUUACGAAGGCAAACGUGUUAUUGCCAAACGCGCUGAAUUAAUUCAAUUAUUAGACAAUUUUGCUAAAAGUAUUUUCGGUGCUUGGUCGAAAACGGUUGGUCAAGCUGCUAAUGCUAAUCUAAAACAGAAUCUGGUCAUUCGAAAUCCGGAAACCAAACUUAUCAAAACCAAUUUUGAUCCACAACUCAUCGGUGUGUUACGUGAAGUUAAAUACAUGGAACAAACGAACGAAGGCGAUAACAAGGCGAAUAUUCCCGAAGAAGCAAAGAAAAUGUAUGAAGAAAAUGAGAAAUUUAUCAAUUAUGUUACCAAUCUCGAUUAUACGGUUUCAUCUUACAAUAAAGUCCGUAUGACCAUUCACGAGGUCGAAAAGCCACUUGUUCAAAAGCAAUUAGACGAAAUCGAUCAAAAUUUAACUAAAGCAGAGAAAACUCUGACAUGGGCAACGCCAGACAUCUGGGACUACAUCAAAGCAAUUCGCGCUGAAGUCUAUGACUUGGAAAACCGUUUACACAAAGCUAAAGCGAAUGUUGAACAAAUUCAACGUUUAAUGUCAACUUGGCAAGAUGUUCCACUAUACAAACGUUCCGAAGGCAAAUCGACCUUGUUGUUUCUUGAUGAUAAAGAACAACGAUUGAAUAAUCGUUACAAAGAAAUCGAUGAAACAGGCAAGAAGAUUCAUGGUCUAUUGAAGGAAAACGGCGAAUUACUUAAAGUCGAAAAUUUCGACACGGAUGCAUGGAGAAACUAUGUCGAUUAUGUCGACAAAAUGGUCUUAGAAGGAUUCAGAAAGAUUAUACAUUGUAAUUUGAUGUUCUUCAUGCGUGAAACUGAUCCUGCACAAAAUCCCGAUCCUCUCUUCGAAGCACAAUUACAGUUACAACAACCAAACAUGGUCUUCAAUCCCUCGAUGGACGAAAAUGAUAAAAAUACAUUCCUCGAACUAGUCGAAGAUCUCCUCAACACGAUUUACAAGCAAGGUUCAUUGAUUCCACGUCUCGCUAGUCAUACCCAACAAGCCAAUUAUCAAGAUGCACUAGAACAUAUGCAAGAUUUGUCGGACAUUCGAACAGAAUUCACCGACCGUGUCAAUGCAGUCAUAACCAAAGCUAACGAAUACCGAGCUAUGUUUAAUAAAUAUGCUUAUUUAUGGGUGGAUGAUCGACAGGAGUUUAUGCGACAAUUUCUGCUCUAUGGUCAUGUAUUAACGCAAGAAGAAAUCGAUGCUGGCGGUGAACAAGGCGUGCCGCAAAAUCCACCAACUUUACAGCAAUUCAAAGAACAAGUCGAUACGUACGAAAACAUCUACGAUGAAGUUAGUAAAUUCGACGAUACGAAAAUCUUGGACAAAUGGUUUCGUGUUGAUUCUCGACCGUUCAAACAAGCGUUGCUCAAUAUUGCCAAGAAAUGGUCGUACAUGUUCAAACAACAUCUCAUGGAUGAUGUCACCAAUAGCUUACAAGAAUUAGCUGAUUUCAUCAAAUUACAUGACAAAGGUCUUAGUGUGACAAUCAAAGAAGGAGAUUAUGAUUUACUCGUUUCUCUCAUGGCUCAUCUUGGUGCUGUUCGUGAGAAACAACCAAAAUUCGACGGCAUGUUCGAACCAAUGAAACAAAAACUUGAAUUCUUGAAAAAUUACGGACAAGAAGUUCAUGAUGAUGUGUACGAACGUUUGAAUGUUCUACCAGAAAAAUGGGCGAAUACGAAGAAACUCGCUCUUACCAUUAAACAACAAGUCGCACCGUUACAGACCAACGAAGUGGCAAAUAUUCGUCGAAAAGUUGCUAGUUUCGACGUUCAACAAUAUGAAUUUCGUGAACAAUUUCGUAAAGAAGUGCCUUAUACAUACGAUCAAACACUCGUUUACAAGAAAUUGGAUAAGGCGAAUGCCAAAGUCACCUCUAUGGAACGUGAAAUGCAAGCAUUGAGUAAUUCAGCAGCUCUGUUCGAAGUUACUGUGCCAGACUUCAAACAGAUCAAACAAUGUCGAAAAGAAAUCAAAUUACUCAAACAACUAUGGGAUUAUAUUAAUUUAGUUCGAACACAAUUCGAAGAUUGGGAGAAAACCAAAUGGCGUGAAAUUAACGCAGAAACGAUGGAUCAAGAAUGUAAAAAAUUCGCUAAAGAUAUUCGAGGUUUGGAUAAGGAGAUGCGCGCUUGGAAUGCUUAUACCGGUCUCGACGAUGCUGUGAAGAACAUGAUGACAUCAUUACGCGCUGUAACUGAACUACAAAAUCCAGCAAUUCGUGAACGUCAUUGGCAUGAAUUGAUGCAAGCAACCGGUGUAGAAUUUGCAAUGACAGAUUCCACCACAUUCGCUGAUCUUGUUGCUCUACGUCUCCAUCAAUACGAAGAUGAAGUCAAAAACAUCGUCGACAAAGCUGUGAAAGAAAUGGCUAUGGAAAAAGUCUUACGUGAAUUGGAUAACACAUGGAAAUCGAUGGAGUUCACCCAGGAACCGCAUACACGUACAAAACUACCGUUGAUUGUCGUUCAAGAAGAAUUGAUUGAAGUUCUCGAAGAGAAUCAAGUUCAAUUGCAGAAUAUGUUAACAUCGAAAUACAUUGCACAUUUUCUCAAAGAAGUCACCGAUUGGCAACGAAGUUUGUCUCAAGCUGAUCAAGUUAUUCACAUACUUUUGGAAGUCCAGAAGACCUGGUCACAUUUAGAAUCGAUUUUUAUUGGCUCGCAAGAUAUUCGUAAUCAAUUACCGGAAGAUUCACGACGAUUCGAUACAAUCGAUAAAGAUUUUCGUGCCAUUGCAGAAGAAAAUGGAAAAGAUCUGAACGUCGUUCGUUGUACAAAUCGAGAAAAAUUGAACGAUCGAUUAGAAGACAUCAAAGCACGAUUAGCCCUAUGCGAAAAAGCAUUAGCUGAUUAUUUGGAAACCAAACGAUUGGCGUUUCCACGAUUUUACUUCGUAUCAGCUGCUGAUCUUCUCGAUAUUUUAUCGAAUGGUAACGAGCCGGAAAAAGUAAUGCGCCAUCUAACCAAACUGUUCGAUUCGAUGUCGAAACUGAAAUUAACCGAAGAGCGCGGACAUACAACAAAGAUUGCUACAGCUAUGUGGGCAAAAGAUGGCGAAUUCAUGGCAUUUCCAUCCUCAUGUGAUCUCAACGGUCAAGUUGAAGUUUGGCUUAAUCGACUUCUCGAGAAACAAUGUGAAACAGUACGACAUCACUUAACUGAAGCUGUUGGUGCCUACGAAGAUAAAGCGCGUGACCAAUGGAUUAUGGAUUAUCCUGCUCAAGUUGCCUUAACUGGUUCACAGAUCUGGUGGACUGUGGAAGUGUGUGGUGCUUUCGCCAAAUUAGAAGAAGGUUAUGAAAAUGCUCUGAAAGAUUUUUAUCGUAAACAAGUCUCCCAACUGAAUGCAUUGAUUGGACAUCUACUAGGUGAUUUGUCUGCUGGUGAUCGACAAAAGAUUAUGACUAUUUGUACAAUCGAUGUCCACGCUCGUGAUGUGGUCACAAAACUGAUAACUGCCAAAUGCGAAAGUGUCAAUGAUUUUAUGUGGCAAUGUCAAUUGCGACAUCGAUGGGAUGAAAAAGAAAAGGAUUGUUUUGCUAAUAUUUGCGAUGCACAAUUUCGUUAUGCUCAUGAAUAUCUCGGUAAUCAACCACGUCUAGUCAUUACUCCAUUAACAGAUCGUUGUUAUAUUACAUUGACACAAUCAUUGCAUUUAAUUAUGGGUGGUGCACCUGCUGGUCCAGCCGGUACAGGUAAAACGGAAACAACCAAAGAUUUAGGACGUGCGUUAGGUAUUAUGGUCUAUGUAUUCAAUUGUUCCGAACAGAUGGAUUAUAAGUCAUGUGGUAAUAUCUAUAAAGGUUUAGCUCAAACAGGUGCGUGGGGUUGUUUCGAUGAAUUCAAUCGAAUUUCCGUUGAAGUACUUUCUGUCAUUGCUGUACAAGUCAAAACUAUUCAAGAUGCUAUUCGAGAGAAGAAACUACGAUUCUCGUUUAUGGGUGAAGAAAUUCGUCUUAAUCGUACUGUUGGUCUAUUUAUUACUAUGAAUCCUGGUUAUGCUGGUCGAACUGAAUUACCUGAAAAUUUGAAAGCCCUCUUUCGCCCAUGCGCUAUGGUCGUACCAGAUUUCGAUCUCAUUUCUGAAAUUAUGAUGGUCGCUGAAGGUUUCACAGAUGCUCGUCUAUUAGCUCGAAAAUUCAUCACUCUCUACUCGUUGUGUAAAGAAUUGCUAUCUAAACAAGACCAUUACGAUUGGGGUCUACGUGCUAUUAAAUCUGUCUUGGUCGUCGCUGGUUCUCUUCGACGAUCGGAUCCUGGUCGACCGGAAGAUCAAGUGUUAAUGCGUGCUUUACGUGAUUUCAACAUUCCGAAGAUCGUCACAGACGAUAUGCCUGUCUUUAUGGGUCUUAUAGGUGAUCUGUUCCCUGCACUCGACGUUCCACGUAAACGAAAUCUCGAUUUCGAAAAAUUGAUUAAACAAGCUACUGUUGACUUGAAACUUCAACCAGAAGAUUCGUUCAUUUUGAAAGUUGUUCAAUUACAAGAAUUAUUCGAAGUGCGUCACUCGGUCUUCAUCGUUGGUAAUGCUGGUACAGGCAAAUCACAAAUUUGGAAAGUAUUGAAUCGUACAUAUCAUAAUCAGAAACGCAAACCCGUUGCUAUCGAUCUAAAUCCUAAAGCUGUGACAAACGAUGAACUUUUCGGUAUUAUCAAUCCAGCCACCCGUGAAUGGAAAGAUGGCUUAUUUUCUACAACUAUGCGUGAUCUAGCAAAUGUACAAUCCGAUGGUCCAAAAUGGAUUGUACUCGAUGGUGAUAUCGAUCCCAUGUGGAUUGAAUCUUUGAAUACUGUUAUGGAUGAUAACAAAGUAUUAACAUUAGCCAGUAAUGAACGUAUUCCAUUGAAUCCAACGAUGCGUCUUCUUUUCGAAAUCAGUCAUUUACGUACAGCUACACCGGCUACUGUCUCACGUGCUGGUAUUCUAUAUAUCAAUCCAGCUGAUCUUGGUUGGAAUCCGCAAGUAGCGACAUGGAUUGAUACGCGUGAAUUAACAUCUGAACGUGCAAAUUUAACAAUUCUGUUCGAUAAAUAUGUUCCUAUGUGUCUCGAAGCUGUUAAAGGUCGUUUCAAGAAGAUUACACCUAUUGUCGAAGGUGCACAUAUUCACAUGCUGUGUCGUCUACUCGAAUGUAUGUUAACUCCAACAAAUACACCACCUGACUGUCCAAAGGAAUUGUACGAACUUUACUUCGUCUUUGCCUGUGUAUGGGCAUUUGGUUCGGCGUUGUUUCAAGAUCAAAUCACUGAUCAUCGAUUGGAAUUUUCCAAAUGGUGGGUGACAGAAUUUAAAUCCGUGAAAUUUCCGAUCCAAGGUACAGUCUUCGACUAUUAUAUCGAUCCUGAGACGAAGAAAUUCGAACCAUGGACAAAACUCGUACCAAAGUUUGUCUUAGACAGCGAAAUACCGUUACAAUCUGUCCUGGUACCGACCGCAGAAACAACUCGUAUUCGAUAUUUCAUGGAUUUACUUCUAGUGAAAGGAUGGCCAAUUAUGUUAGUUGGUAAUGCCGGUUGCGGUAAAACUGUACUGAUCAAUGAUAAAUUGUCAUCUCUCAACGAAGACUGGCUCGCUGUAUCUGUUCCGUUUAACUUCUAUACCACCAGUGAAAUGCUUCAAGGAAUUCUGGAAAAACCUUUGGAAAAGAAAGCUGGUCGAAACUAUGGUCCACCCGGUAGCAAAAAGAUCAUCUAUUUCAUUGACGAUAUGAACAUGCCCGAAGUCGAUCAAUACUAUACAUGUCAACCACACACACUUCUUCGUCAACAUUUGGAUUAUAAACAUUGGUACGAUCGUCAGAAACUAACCUUGAAAGAAAUUCACAAUUGCCAAUACGUAAGUGCAAUGAAUCCAACCGCUGGUUCAUUUACAAUUGAUACACGCUUACAACGUCACUUUGCUGUAUUUGCUGUGUCAUUUCCUGGCAUGGAAGCUUUGGAGACCAUCUACGUUGGUAUCUUAUCUCAACAUUUAGCCGAAGGCUUUGUGCAGACAGUACAGAAAUAUACAUUAAAUCUUGUUCGUGGUGCAUUGGAACUUCAUCGUCGUAUUACAGCGUCAUUUUUACCAACAGCUAUUAAAUUUCAUUACAUAUUCAAUCUUCGAGAUUUAUCAAACAUAUUUCAAGCUAUCCUCUUUGCGAAACCUGAAGCUAUUAAAACACACAACGAUUUGAUUCGACUCUAUCUUCAUGAAUCUGAACGUGUCUAUUGUGAUAAAUUAGUCGACCGAACGGAUAUUGAUACAUUCAUAAAAUUGCAACGCGAUGUCGCAAAGAAAUCAUUCGAAGAAAUCGACGAAGAAUUCGUUUUCAAAAAGCCGAACAUCUUCUGUCACUUUGCAUUAGGUGUUGGUGAUCCGAAGUAUAUGCCGAUCGAUAAUUGGCCACAUUUACAAAAACUAUUGAAUGACGCUCUCGAUGCCUACAAUGAACUGAAUGCACAAAUGAACUUAGUGUUGUUCGAAGAUGCUAUGACACAUGUCUGUCGAAUCAAUCGUAUAUUAGAAGCACCACGUGGUAAUGCUCUUCUGAUCGGUGUCGGUGGUAGUGGUAAACAAAGUUUAGCUCGAUUAGCAGCAUCGAUUAGUUCAUUGGAAGUGUUUCAAAUUACACUUCGAAAAGGUUAUAGCAUUGCUGAUCUGAAAACCGAUUUAGGAGCACUGUAUAUCAAAGCUGGACAGAAAGGCAUUGGAACCGUGUUUCUCAUGACCGAUUCUCAAGUGGCCGAUGAGAAAUUUCUGGUUUUAAUUAACGAUAUGCUUGCAUCAGGUGAAAUUCCAAGUCUAUUCGCUGAUGAUGCUAUCGAAGAAAUCAUCGGCGCAAUGAGAAAUGAAGUUAAAUCACAGGGUAUUGAUGAUACUCGCGAAAAUAUUUGGAAAUAUUUCAUUGAAAAAGUUCGACGUAAUCUAAAAGUCGUUCUGUGCUUCUCACCCGUCGGUACAACUCUUCGAGUUCGAUCACGAAAAUUUCCAGCUAUUACAAAUUGUACUUCCAUCGAUUGGUAUCACGAAUGGCCAGAGGAAGCUUUGAUCUCUGUCGCCAAUCGAUUCGUUGCUGAUGUGGACACGCUCAAACCCGAACUGAAAGAUUCUGUUGCUAAAUUUAUGGCUUUUGUACACAAAUCUGUCAAUGAGAUGAGCGUUGCUUAUCUCAUGAACGAUAAGCGAUACAAUUACACAACACCGAAAUCGUUUCUUGAACAAAUUACUCUAUAUAAAAACUUGUUAUCAAAGCAAAAUCGUGAUCUACAAGACAAAAUUGUUCGUUUAGAAAGUGGUCUGGUUAAAUUACAAUCGUGUGCUCGACAAGUCGACGAUCUAAAAGAAAAACUUGCUGCACAGGAAGUCGAAUUAAAACAGAAGAACGACGAUGCUGACAAACUGAUUAAGGUGGUUGCUACCGAAACCGCAAAGGUAACUAAAGAAAAAGAAGCUGCUGGUGUUGAACAAGCUAAAGUCAUGGAGAUCGAAAAAGUUGUCACAGUUAAAGCAGAAGAUUGCGAACGUGAUUUAGCACGUGCUAUGCCUGCUCUACGAGCUGCCGAAGACGCUUUGAACACACUGGAUAAAAACAGUUUAACUGAAAUGAAAGCUUUCCCUAAUCCACCAGAAGCUGUACUUAAAGUCGGUGCUGCUGUGUUGUGUUUAAUGCCACCGGGUGGUAAAAUUCCUCGACCGAAUCAACGUGAUUGGAAAGCGUGUAAAGCGAACAUGGGUAACGUCGAUCAAUUUCUUCAAGCAUUGAAAACAUACGAUAAAGAACAUAUUCGUGAUGAUAUGCGUCGUGAAGUCAAAGUUUAUAUUGAUGAUCCAGAUUUUGAUCCUGACAAGAUUCGAACGAAAUCAUUUGCUGCUGCUGGUCUUUCCGCUUGGGUUAUCAACAUUCUUCUAUUUUAUGAAGUUUAUUGUGAAGUCGAGCCUAAACGCUUAGCCUUGGAAAAAGCCAAUGCAGAAUUAAAAGCUGCUCGAGAUAAAUUAGACUCAGUCAAUCGACAAGUUGCACAACUGGAACAAGCUCUGGCGAAAUUAACAGCUGAAUAUGAAGUUGCUAUGGCUGCUAAACAAAAAUGUCAAGAUGAAGCUGAUCGUACAGCAUAUACCAUCAACUUAGCUAAUCGUCUAGUGAAUGGUCUUGCAUCGGAAAAUGUCCGUUGGCGUGAAUCUGUUGCUGGUUAUCGAAAAUCGGAAGAAACAACGCCAGGAGAUGUGCUAUUGAUUACAGCUUUCGUUUCAUACGUCGGUUGUUUCACUAAAGCCUAUCGAGUUGAUCUCAUGGAACAUCAUUGGAGACCGCACUUAUCUGCAUUAAAAACUCCAAUUCCUGUUACUGCUGGUAUUGAUCCAUUGACGUUAGUCGUCGAUGAUGCCAUCGUUGCCGGAUGGAAUAAUGAAGGUUUACCAUCGGAUCGUAUGUCUACUGAAAACGCCACAAUUCUUACUAUUUGUGAACGUUGGCCAUUGAUGAUUGAUCCUCAAUUGCAAGGCAUUAAAUGGAUUAAACAACGUUACGGUGAACGCUUGAAAGUUAUUCGCUUGGGACAAAAAGGUUAUCUCGAUAAGAUUGAACAAGCUAUUGCAGGCGGUGAAACUCUUCUCAUUGAAAACAUCGAUGAAUCCAUCGAAGCUGUACUCGAUCCAUUACUUGGCCGAAAUACUAUUCGUAAAGGCCGUGCUAUCCGAUUAGGUGAUAAAGAAAUUGAAUAUCAUCCAGAUUUUCGACUUAUCCUACAAACAAAACUUGCCAAUCCACAUUAUAAACCUGAAAUGCAAGCUCAAACGACACUGAUCAACUUCACAGUCACAAAGGAUGGUUUGGAAGAUCAAUUAUUAGCUGAUGUCGUAGCUAAAGAACGUCCUGAUCUCGAACGAUUGAAAUCUGAUUUGACAAAACAACAAAAUGAAUUCAAGAUUACAUUGAAACGUCUAGAAGAUAACCUUUUAGCUCGUCUAUCAUCGGCUGGUUCGAAUUUUCUUGGCGACACUGAACUUGUCGAGAAUUUGGAAAAUACCAAACGAACAGCGACUGAAAUCGAAGAAAAAGUCGGCGAAGCUAAAGUUACUUCAGUGAAGAUCGACGAAGCUCGUGAAUUAUACCGUCCCGCAGCAGCACGUGCCAGUUUGAUCUACUUUAUCAUGAACGAUCUUUGCCGUAUCCAUCCGAUGUAUCAAUUCUCAUUGAAAGCAUUCAAAGUCGUUUUCGCCAAUGCAAUCGAAAAAGCAGAACCAUCGGAAGAUGUUAAAGCACGUGUACACAAUCUCAUCGAUUCGAUUACAUACUUCACAUUCAUUUAUACAACUCGUGGUCUAUUCGAAAAACACAAACUUAUCUUCACAUCACAAAUGUCAUUCUUGAUUCUGCUCGCAUCGAAAGAAAUCGAUCCGAAAGAAUUAGAUUUUCUUCUUCGUUAUCCAGUCACACCCAAUGUUAUUUCGCCCGUUGACUUUCUCAACGAUAUUUCAUGGGGUGGAAUCAAAUCGUUGUCAUCUAUGAAUGAAUUUACCAAUCUCGAUCGAGAUAUCGAAGGUUCGGCAAAACGAUGGAAAAAAUAUGUGGAAAUGGAAGCACCAGAAAAAGAAAAACUACCACAAGAAUGGAAAAACAAAACACCUUUACAAAAACUGUGUAUGAUGCGAGCACUUCGACCUGAUCGUAUGCUCUACGCACUAAGUUUAUUCGUCGAAGAAAAAUUAGGCAAACAAUUUGUUGAAAAUCGUGCAGUACCAUUCACUAAAUCUUAUGAAGAAACAAAUACAACAACACCAGUAUUCUUCAUUCUUUCACCAGGUGUCGAUCCAAUCAAAGAUGUCGAAGCACUUGGCAAAAAAUUAGGCUUUACAUCCAAUCAAAAGACAUUCCAUAACAUUUCACUCGGUCAAGGUCAACAAAUUGUCGCAGAAGAAGCUAUGGAUGUGGCAGCCAAGGAUGGACAUUGGGUUGUCUUACAGAACAUUCACUUAGGCAAUUGGUUACCACAGUUAGAAAAGAAACUUGAACAGUGUUGGGAAAUGGGUCAUGAAAACUUUCGUAUCUACAUGUCUGCUGAACCAUCAGCUGAUCCAUCUGGACAUUGUAUCCCCCAAGGUAUACUCGAGUCUGCUGUGAAAAUAACGAACGAACCACCAACAGGAAUGCAGGCGAAUUUACAUAAAGCCUUGGAUUUGUUCAAUCAAGACACGUUGGAGAUGUGUGCAAAAGAAACUGAAUUCAAAUCGAUUUUAUUUGCACUUUGUUACUUCCAUGCUGUCGUAGCUGAACGACGUAAAUUCGGCGCUCAAGGUUGGAAUCGAAACUAUCCAUUCAAUAACGGUGAUUUAACAAUUUCUGUCAAUGUACUUUACAACUAUUUGGAGGCCAAUUCCAAAGUACCAUGGGAAGAUCUUCGAUAUCUAUUCGGUGAAAUUAUGUAUGGUGGUCACAUUACCGACGACUGGGAUCGUCGUCUAUGUAAAACAUAUCUCGAAGAAUACAUGAAUGCACAAAUGUUCGAUGGUGAACUCCUUCUUGCUCCUGGCUUUCCUAUUCCACCAGCAACUGAUUACAAAGGCUAUCAUGCCUAUAUCGAUGAAUAUCUUCCACCAGAAUCACCCUACUUGUAUGGCUUACAUCCCAAUGCUGAAAUUGAUUUUCUAACUACAACCAGUGAAAACUUAUUCAAAACUGUCUUGGAAAUGCAGCCACGUGAUACAGGUGCAGGAGCCGGCGGUGAAGGUUCAGGAAUGACUCGUGAAGAAAAGAUCAAAGCGAAACUGGAUGAAAUCUUAGAUAAAUUACCAGAUGAAUUUCCUGUUCGAGAACUUUAUGCUAAAGCUGAAGAUAAAACUCCAUAUACAGUUGUUGCUUUACAAGAAUGUGAACGUAUGAAUAUCUUAACACGAGAAAUGAGACGAUCAUUGAAAGAACUGAACCUUGGUCUCAAAGGUGAACUAACCAUUACUGCUGAUAUGGAACAAUUACAAGAUGCUCUAUUCUUCGAGCAAGUACCAGCAGCAUGGACGAAACGUGCUUAUCCGUCCAUGUACAGUCUUGGUUUAUGGUAUAGCGACUUAUUAUUACGUAUUCGUGAGUUGGAAAUGUGGACAAACGAUUUUCAACUACCAGCAGCUGUCUGGCUUGGCGGUCUAUUCAAUCCUCAAUCAUUCUUAACAGCUAUUAUGCAAACGACUGCACGUAAGAAUGAAUGGCCCCUGGAUAAAAUGUGUCUAUCCGUCGAUGUAACGAAAAAGACACGAGAAGAAUUAGGUGGUGCACCAAGAGAAGGUGCUUACGUUCAUGGUCUCUAUAUGGAAGGUGCCCGAUGGGAUACACAAACCGGUCAAUUAAGUGAAUCAAGAUUGAAAGAACUAACACCGAUGAUGCCUGUUGUCUUUGUUAAAGCUAUACCAGUCGAUCGUCGUGAAACGAAGAAUAUUUAUGAAUGUCCAGUCUACAAAACUAAACAACGAGGUCCCACAUUCGUUUGGACAUUUAAUUUACGUACCAAAGAAAAACCAGCUAAAUGGAUCUUAGGUGGUGUUUGUCUUCUAUUAGCUGUGUGA